CAGUGAUCCCGAGGUCCAAAGGUACCAUGCUGCCGAAACCUGCACGCCUCAGGUGCUGGCUGUUUCAACCUUGAUAAACAACCCCUUCGGCCCUCCCCCACACUGAGAUCCAUGCCAGAGCCGACAAGCACGACUUCAAAGUUGAACCACCCGGGCACCACACCACGACUAUACACGACCCCAGAUUGACCGACAUACGACAUAGGGACAGUCAAGCCAGCCCGAGACGGCCCGACCACAGAGCUCUCUUCUCCCUCUGCAUCAACAUCAAUGGCAGAACAAGACGGCAGUGUCGCCGACACGGGUGCAGGUUCUGGUGCUGGUGCUGGUGCGGUUGCAGCUGGCCGGGACUCGGAGAAGCUGCCCUGUGCCCGGAGGCCACUCCUCACAAGAGUCCUGUUUGGGCUGGUCGUCAACGGGCUGCAGCUGCUCCUCAUCCCCCCGGCCAUGGCCUUCCGGCGCUGGAGGCAGAGCCGGUCGCACCAGGACGAGCCGACCCUGGUCAAGGCGUACCCGGCCAGGCCCCGCCUGCCCGUCCGUGUCUUCUUCCCCGAGGCGUACGACCGCGCCCAGCCGCCCUCGCCGCCUGCGGCUGGCCUGCCCCUCCUCCUGUCCAUCCACGGGGGCGGCUUCGUCGUCGGCGACCCCUUUGACAAUGACGCCUGGAACCACAGGUUUGCCAACCAGCACAACGCCCUGGUCGUCGCCCUCAACUACGCCAAGGCACCCGGCAGCCCCUUCCCCGGCCCCCUCGCGGACCUCGAGGCCCAGAUCGGCGCCGUCUUCUCGGACGACGAGCUCACUCCUCACUUCGAUGCCGCCAGGGUCGGCGUCGUGGGCUUCUCGGCCGGUGGCAACCUGGCUCUGACCAUCACCCAGUUCCCCUCGGUCCGCAGCAGGAUCACCGCCGGCAUCGUCCCAGUCUACCCCGUCUGCGACCUGAGCAUCACGCCCCAGCAGAAGGCCCCCACCAGGCGGUACAAGCCUGCCCUGCAGGGCUGGCGUGCCAACCCCCGGGACUUCUUGCUGACCUCGGCCAACGCCUUCGACUGGGCCUACAUCCCCGUCGGCCAGGACCUCCGUGACCCGCUCCUGUCGCCAGUCUUUGCCGACCGGUCCGCCCUCCCGGAGCGGGUCUGGGUGAUCGGCUGCGAGCUCGACAUGCUCGGCCACGAGGCGUGGCGCCUGGCUUGUCGCCUGGCCAACAGGCAGGUCCCAGGCCCGGACCAGCCCAUAGGCCAGGAGGCCCCCGAGGGGAGCGGCAAGCUGGGCGCAUUGAUCACAACGGGCGACCAGAGGUUCGCCUGGGAGGAGAAGAACCGGGACGGGGAGGUCAAGUGGCUGUGUGUCCCCGACGCCGGCCACGGCUUCGACAUGGCCGGGUCCUAUGGUGCGGAUGAGACGACGGUCGAGGACGGCAGGCUGAAGAGGGAUCAGAUAAUCACACUGGCUGGGGAGUGGCUGUUCGGCCGGUAAGCGGUCUCCCCGGUUAUGCAUCACCUAUUAUGCCUCUGCUGGGUGCCUACCUAGGUAGGGGAUACUUGGUUCCAUCUUGUAGGUGAUGAGACUGGUUUUCUGCCCUGUUUGAUUCGUUCUCUGUCACCUUGGGCUCUCUGUCUCCCUACUCUAAAAGAGCAAUGUACUAAUAGUACCUGGGUGGUUAAAAUUGUCGUGCCUCGUGUGUUUGGACGUGACGCAAGAUAUUUUGUGUGGCGUAUCCCACAAGCACCUCGGGAGUAUCUCUUUCUCUUUUCUGCUAGUGUAUGUACAUACAGAAAUGUGUUCAGUGACCUACCUCGAUGGCUGCUCACUACUGUUGAAAUAUAUAUGCACACGUAUGUAUCUUGUAUCCAAUCCAUAACCAUCAACUAGCGCUGCAC